AUGUCGGCGGAAAUCGCACUGCUUGUCAGCAAUGGCUGGCAAGCCGUGCAAAGUUGGUUUCAGGAACAACGUUCCUUUGCUGUCUGGUUUGCUGCUAUUGUAUGCUGGGCUUCUUGGUGGUGCUGGCGAUUCAUUAUCACACCUCGAAUUUCUACUCUGGAGGUAAAGGAAUACCCCUACUGGAUACCUGAAACUGUUCAAUACAGCGAGGUUAGCAAAUAUAAAGGGAAUCUUAAAGUUCUCAAAGAACCGAAGAGACUGAUGAUACUCAAAAGGCAGCACUUUCACAACACCAAUGAACCAUUGCAGCUCACCUUGUUUGGAGCCAGCGUGUACUUUGUCAGCCGGGCUGAGGAUGUGAGUGAGAUAUAUCGUAACGCGCGUACAUUCACCUUUGAUGAGUUCUACCAUCAUAUAUUCAUCAGCAUGGGAACCUCUGGGGCAAGUGUGCAACAAAUCUUCGCACCACUACCAGCGAGGAUCAAAGAUCCUGAAAACACACAGGGUAAGCCAGUCGCCAAGCUUGCCAAGGAAUUGCAGAUCGCGCAACUGCAGCCAGGCUCCGGACUCGACGCACUCGAGCGCGCCCAGCUUGCUUACUUGGAGUGCCACGUACGACCUGAUGCUGUGCUCGAAAGCCGUUAUCGAUACCCAGACUUCCUUGGAGGAGAGCUGCCCAGUCAAACGGGAUCUGUCGAGAUGUCUCUUUGGCAUUGGUGUGCGGAUCUGAAUGUGCGAGCCUCUCAGAGGGCCUUCUUUGGCAGCGCCCUUGACCGCCUUGAUCCUGAUUUACCCCAGAAGUUUCUGGAGUUUGACGAUCUGAGCUGGAAGCUUCUCUAUAAAUUCCCCUUUUUUCUGGCCCGGGAUACGAUUGCGAAGCGUGAUUACCUGAGAACAGCUCUAAAAGCCUUCUAUAACCUUCCACGGGAGAUGCGAAACGAUGCGGAGGGCUGGGCUCUUGACUCGACUGAGGAUAGGCUGCGUGCUAUAGGCAUUCCAACCGAAGACAUAGCUUCUAUUGCGCUCAUUCUUUACUGGGGUGCCAAUACGAACACUCGAAAAGCUGCAUUCUGGUUGAUUUGCCACCUUCUUUCUAAUCCAUCACUUAUCGACCCAAUCCGUACUGAGACGGCUGGCGCAUUCGGGCCCGAAGGCACCAUCACGAACCUUGUCCAUCUCCAUCGGCACUGCCAUCAACUCGAUGCGACGUGGAAUGAGACUCUACGCCUAACAGGCGUCGCGGCCUCUUUGCGUACUGUGACGGCCGAUACAGUACUUGGCGGUCGCAUGCUGCGAGCUGGCAAUCCCCUGAUUAUUCCAUAUCGUCAGCUCCAUCACGACAAAGGCAUCUUUGGCGACGACAUCAUGACUUUUCGCCCGGAACGGUUUCUCAAUACUAAACUGAAGAAAGGCAAGCGGGUAUGCUUGGAGCAUUUUCGUCCCUUUGGCGGCGGCAGCACAAUCUGCCCGGGUCGUUUCAUCACCAAAAGGGUUGUCAUGAUCCUUGUGGCGCUUCUUCUAAGACGCUUCGAUAUAUCAAUGGCCGGAGGGUCCCAGGACAUGCCUCAAGCUGAUGACUGGAGUCCUUUCUUGGGCAUUGCAGGCGUCAAACCUGGCCAUGAUAUGCGCAUCAGACUGACACCGAGAAAGGCCGCGGCCACAUGA